AUGGCUUCAUCAAUGAUGCACUACUUCGGCUUCGGCAAGGAUGCUCCUCCCUCUGCUAAAGAGCAAGUCAAGGAUACACCUGUGCGCGCCCUACCUGCUUCAUGGUACACAUCACCAGAGAUGUAUGAAUUGGAGCGUCGCGCUAUCUUCUCGAAGAGAUGGCUGUUCAUUACGCACAGCAUGCGGGUCAAGAACACUGGUGACUGGCUUCGAUACGAGAUUGCUGGAUUCGACUUCAUCAUCACCCGUGACCGACAAGGAGAAGUGAAUGCCUUCCACAAUGUGUGCAGACACCGAGCGUACCCAGUCAUUGAACAGGAGGGCUCUGGAAACUCGAAGAUUCUGUCAUGUCGAUACCACGGAUGGUCAUACGGACUGAACGGCAAACUCGCCAAGGCAACCGGAUACAAGGACCUCGAUGGCUUCGACAAGAACCAAAACAAUCUCUUCAGAAUUCACGUCAAAGUCGACGUCAACGGCUUCAUCUGGGUCAAUCUCGACGCGAAGGAAGAGCCCGAAGUCUCAUGGGAAGAGCACUUCGAGAAUGUCGACAAACAAGAGAGAUACAAGCACUACAACUUUGAAGACUACGAUCUUGACCACGCCUACGAGCUCGAAGGCCACUACAACUGGAAGAUCCUGGCCGAUAACUUCAACGAAUGCUACCACUGCCCAACCACCCACUCCGACAUUCCUGAAUUCUUAAACCUCGACUCCUUCGACAGUGAUACCAAAGACGGCCACAUCCAACACCACUGCGAAUCUACCCCUGAACAGAUCGCAAAGGGCCUGUACACCGCCAGCACCUAUUACUUCCCCAUGUCCGCUAUGGUCGUAUCCCCACACUUCAUCAUGGUCCAGAAGUUCCUACCGAAAGGCGCCGACAAAUCCCAAAUGGCAUACGAAGUCUACCGAAACAGGAACUCAUCUGAAGAAGACUUCAAACUCAUUAGUGAAAUGUACGCCCGAGUCAUGAGGGAAGACAAAGUCCUUUGCACGAAUGCACAGAACAACAUCGACCGCAACGUUUUCACCAACGGUCAACUUCACCCCAAGUUCGAGAAGGCGCCACUCUUCUUCCAGAGCACGGUGCGGGAAGUCAUCACUGAGCAUUUCGAGCGGGAGAAGUCAGAGGGACGGGAGGUUUGGCCUGCUAAGCCUAAGGUUCCGUGCGAUACGAAAGUCAGUGAUAAGGAUGAGGCGCUUUGUGCUUCUCUGGCUUGUGGGCCUCAGAAGGAGAUAUUGGCUUGGUGA